CCACCCUGUUGGAACUGACAGCAGCAUCCUUUAUAAAGCCGCCUCGGUUGCGUUUGUAAAAAAGCUCCUUCUCUGCUCAUCCCUGUGCACCCUUUUGACAGAGAUCGUUGAGCUACUGAGAGGUAGGAACGAACAUUUUGGUUGAUCAUUUGCCUGUGUGCCUUGCUUUGGACUAUGAGCAUGGACAUGUUGGCCAAGAAGGAGCGGAGAGGCAGAGAUGUGAAAGGCAUGCUGAAGAGGAACUGGGUUCUCAUAGCAACCAUCGCCUCUGUGCUGCUGGGAAUUGGACUGGGUGUGGUUGUAAGGGAGUAUGCUGCACUCUCCCACCUUGAUAAGCAAUACUUUGGGUUUCCUGGUGAACUGCUGAUGAGAAUGUUAAAGCUUGUUAUCUUGCCCUUAAUCAUCUCCAGCAUGAUAACAGGAGUAGCAGCUCUGGAUUCAGAAGUGUCAGGCCGCAUUGGACUGCGUGCAGUCAUCUACUAUUUCUCCACCACGAUCAUAGCUGUUAUUCUUGGUAUAAUCUUGGUAACGACUAUUAAACCUGGAGUCUCUCAGACAGCAGACAAUAUUGACCGAGCUGGAUCCACUCCAAAUGUCACCACAGUUGACACACUGCUGGAUCUUGUCAGGAAUAUGUUUCCAGAGAAUCUGGUGCAGGCAUGCUUUCAGCAGUACAAGACUCAGCGCAAGGAGAUUGAACUGCCUGUGUCAAACACCAGCAAUAUGGUUACAACAACAUUCCCACCUUUAACCACCAUAAUCACAACUGUUGCACAGAACCUGACCAAAGACUACACUAUAGUGGGCACAUAUUCAGAUGGCAUCAAUGUUCUUGGCCUCAUUGUGUUUUGUGUUGCGUUUGGACUGGUUAUUGGCAAAAUGGGGGAACGGGGUCGUAUCCUACUGGAGUUCUUUGAUGCCCUGAAUGAGGCCACUAUGAGACUGGUCCAUAUCAUUAUGUGUUACAUGCCUGUGGGUAUCCUGUUCCUGAUUGCUGCUAAGAUCAUUCAAGUAGAUGACUGGGAUAUCUUCAGGAAAAUGGGCUUAUACAUGGUGACUGUGCUUAGUGGACUUGCCAUCCAUGCCAUUAUUUUCCUACCCCUGAUUUACUUCGCCUUUGUAAGAAAGAAUCCAUUCACAUUUGCUCUGGGGAUGGCACAGGCGUUGGUAACAGCUCUAAUGAUCUCCUCAAGCUCUGCGACCUUACCAGUCACCUUCCGAUGUGCAGAGGAAAAUAAUAGGAUUGACAAGCGGAUCACCCGGUUCGUCCUUCCAGUGGGUGCCACCAUUAACAUGGACGGUACGGCACUUUAUGAGGCAGUGGCGGCCAUAUUUAUUGCCCAGCUAAAUGGUCUUGACCUUGAUGUGGGACAAAUAGUGACAAUUAGUAUUACAGCAACAGUAGCCAGCAUCGGAGCAGCUGGAGUUCCUAAUGCCGGACUGGUAACCAUGGUGAUCGUGCUGACAGCAGUGGGCCUUCCUGCCAGUGAUGUCACCCUAAUUGUGGCUGUUGAUUGGCUGAUUGAUCGUUUCCGCACCAUGGUCAAUGUACUGGGGGACGCCUUUGGUGCUGGAAUAGUCCAGAAGCUCUCAAAGCGAGAGUUGGAAAGGAUGGACCUUACUUCUGAUGUCGAUGUGGCCAAUCCGUUCGCCCUUGAGACCACUCUUGAUGAUGAAGAGUGCGAGAAGAAGUCCUACGUCAAUGGUGGCUUCACUGUGGACAAGAGUGAUGCCAUUUCUUUCACAGAGACCUCACAGUUUUAGUCCCAAGCCAGUUACGGAUGAGUGAAUUAAAUUACCUCUAGAAGAAUUCAGAGGUAUAGAAAAAAUGAAAUCAGUGCCAUUACAAGGGGGGAGGCUCAUUCCGGGAGGACACGUUCAAAUGCAGACAUUAUCAAUAGCUGUCAUUACUGUUCUCUCCCCACAUUUGCCCUAUUACUGUGCUGAACCUACUACUUACUUUGUGCCAAGUCAUUCAUGGAAUUGAGGAAAAAAUGUUGUGAGUGCUUCCAAAAUGUGUUGUCCUGUUGCCAAGAGAUAUGCAAAGGCACUUUUUAAACAUUUUUCUUACCUGCGUUGUGGUUUUUAAUGGUUUAAUACUAACAGUUGUUCAUGUAAAUGCUCAACAAUCUGUUCUGCUUUAGAAGUAUGUUAAAUGUGUGAUUUCUACUGUGCCAACAAAGCAGAUUUGUGUAUACUGUAUGUAUUGCAACGAAGAGCAUGUCCUUAACAAAACUAUUAUAUUUAUGACCUGUAGUGUUAAAAAAGCAAUAUGGUACUGCUCAGCCUUGUAAUUGGCUUUUAGCGGGUUGCUUUAAAGCAUCUCUCCCUCAAAUCAUGAAUCUUACCAUUCUGUCCAAACAUUUGCUGUUAAAGGCAUAAGCUAUGAGCAUUGUAGAUCACUAACUUGUGCCAAAUUGAAUGUUUUAGUAUGGAGGAAGCUUUUAAUCUUUAAUGAAGUAUUGCAUGAAGCAAUAUGAUGAACACCUCAGAUGUGGCCUUCAAAGAAUGAAUGAAUCCUGGAUCAUUUUGUUUCCCUUCUCAGUAGCUAUUUUACAGUGCCAUUGUCGCAUGAUAACGCCAUCAAUCUGGGAGGAUGAAGGCAAAUGGACUCCUCUUCCCAAAGCAUGCUAUAGUCAUGGAGCAAUGCUGACGUUUCUUAGAAGAAUCUCAAUGCGAGGAGCCAUUCCCAUGGUUUUUUUUACGGUUUUCAUUUUCCUGGUGUUUAGAAACACAAUGAAAAAGCUACUGGGACACUUUGCACAGGUGCAGAGAGAAUAUAAAGUGUUAUUAAAAUAUUCCCAUCAAUGUGACUACAGUUGAUGUGGUUAUAUAUGUGUAUUAUUGCCAAUCGAUUUAUUUUGUUAUUACCUGAUUUACACAUACGACUUUGGAUUUGUGAGCCGGGCUGGAAGUGGUAGAGGAAAUUGUUGAUAUAAAAUAUGGGGAGAAUUUACAUUGUAUAGGCUGUUCAAAGCACAUUUUUGUCAGAGUCUCAGUCAAUUACAGUCAGUUAGCUUACAGUAUAAUUCCACAUGUUAUGUAACUACAGAUGAAUAAAAUACAACAAAUCUGA